AUGCAGGAGAGUCUUAAGGAGGAUCCUGCAUCAAGAUGGCAACCCCAACCUUGUACCCCACCGAAUCGUAGUUUUAAGUGGUUCACAGGCCUCGGACCUCGUCUCAAAGGCAAACGGAUACUGGUGGCUGGCGGCGCCACAGGCAUUGGGAGAGCCACAGCCCUUCGACUCGCCGAAGAAGGUGCCACCGUCGUGGUCGGCGAUUUCAACGAGGAUGGCGCAAAGGACACGGUCCAACAGAUUCAAGCCCGAACCCAGGCCAAGGCCAAAUCGAUCUUCUUCGACUACUCAAACCCGAGCUCGAUCAAGGAACUGGUUCAUAGUGCGGUUGAUUUCCUGGGAGGCCUGGAUGGUCUUGUGAACGUGGGUGUCUUGGGCGCCAAAGCACAGGAACUGGACAAGGAUAUUUCCGAGAUGGACCCUGAAGCUUGGUCAUGGAUUCUCAACGGCAACCUGGUUGGCUAUGCGGUCGCUGUGCAGGCCGCGCUGCCUCAUCUGAUGGCCUCCGGGAAUGGAAGCAGCAUUGUUAACACAACCUCGGGCUCCAUCUGGGGCGCCAUGCCAUUUAUGCCAGCAUACCAAGCUGCAAAGGCUGGAGUCCUCUCGCUCACAACGUACGUGGCUCAGUACUAUGCUCCAAAGGGUGUACGCUCCAACCGUAUCAGCCCCGGUCCAAUCCCGAGCGAUGCCGUAAAGACGAGGACCCCUCAGGAAUGGUUGGAUGGCGUCAAGGAGACAGUGCCAUUGAGGCGAUGGGGCGAACCUGACGAAAUCGCGGCCUUGUACGUCAAUGGACAGACCUGGAGCUGCUGUGGAGGGAAAUAUCUAAGAGACUGA